CAGGCGCCGCUACGGUCGCGCCUGAAGCGCCUUAACGCCCUCGCCUCGUGAGUUUCGCCGUGGAAUUUGUGCCUCUGGGAUUAGUGAGAAAAAUCUUUCCAAGAAGCUUUCGCCGUAGAAUUUGUGCUUUGAAGAGAUAUCAAGGAUUUGGAUCCCGAGACUUCCGUCGUUCCGAAUUUUCGUUCGAAUCGUCUUCGUUUCGAAUUUCGCCACGAGGCGCCGCUACGGUCGCGCCUGAAGCGCCUUAACGCCCUCGCCUCGUGAGUUUCGCCGUGGAAUUUGUGCCUCUGGGAUUAGUGAGAAAAAACUUUCCAAGAAGCUUUCGCCGCAGAAUUUGUGCUUCGAAGAGAUACCAAGGAUUUGGAUCCCGAGACUUUCUACGUUCCUGCCAAUGCAAUGGCUCAGGGGCUGGUAAAAACUCGUUGAGCCCAAAACGCUUCUGACUUUUGAUGACCCAAGGUCCAGCAGCGAGUCGCCCCACCCGAGAAGAGGAUGCGUCUUCCAGGAGAGGGUCUCGAUCAGAUCUGGCCCUAAGACCCGGUGAGACUCUCCGAUGGUCCGCGGCCUCAUUGGUGACCGUGAGAUUAGAUAGGUUUUAUCUGCGGAUAACCGAGAGCGGCUGACCGGAAAAGUGAGUGCGGAGGUGGCCGGGGGUCGGCCGGCCGCGAGAGUCGCCACAGUCCAGGGUGCACAUGCCGAAGAGACGGAGACACUCGGACUCAGCUGCAGGGACGACAGUCGAUCGACAUGAGGCCCUGGUCCGACAAGUCCUUUGUCAUCGCCUUCCUCGGGCUCGUCCUCGUCGUCCUCGGGGCCUCCUGUCUCUUCUUCUGGCCCCUGCUCUUCGGCGCCAUCAUUCAACAGGGAUUAUCCUUAUCGCCGGAAUCGAGGAGCUUCGAAAUAUGGAGAAACACCGGCCAGAUCCCUCUGCACUUGGAGUUUUACUUUUUUAACUGGACCAAUCCCGAGGAGCUCAAAGUCCCCGGAACAAAGCCAAUUGUCGUCCAAAGAGGGCCAUACACUUUUAGGGAGGAACGGCAGAAAAUCAACAUUACCUUCCACCCUGAAAACAAUACCGUGAGUUACUUACAAAGGAGGUUUUGGUACUUCGACCAGUCGAGGAGUAAUGGAACCUUGCAAGACAACAUUACACAGCUCAAUGUUGUGGCGGUGUCAGCCGUCCACAAGGUGCGAUACUGGUCCUACUUUAUGCAGAAUUCCCUGUCGUUCAUCUUGUCAAAGUUUCCUGCACUUUUCGUUACCAAGACAGUGGACGAGCUUUUGUUUACCGGAUACGAAGAUCCGAUCAUCAAUAUGGGAAAGCUCGCAGCCAGCGAAGAAGACAUUCCGCCCUUUGACCGAUUUGGAUGGUUCUACAAGAGAAACGGCUCCACGGAAUUCGAGGGGCACUACAACAUGGAGACGGGCCAGGACGACAUCAAGAACAUCGGGACCCUGAAGUACUGGAACUAUAGAGACACCACGAAAUUCUACAGGAGUCCUUGCAACACCGUCGAAGGAAGUGCCGGUGAAUUUUGGCCUCCAGGCAGGACGAAGGACGGCGACAUCAAUUUGUUCAGUCCCGACCUGUGCAGAACGGUGACUUACGAGUAUGUACGUACGGUCACUCAUCAGGGCAUCGAGGGGUACCAGUACGCCAUAGGGAACAAAACGCUGAACAACGACACGAAGAGGCGAUUCCCCCACGAGCAGGCCAAGUACUUCGAGUCGACGACUUUGAGGGAGGACUUCUUCGACACGGAUUAUUCGGGAGAGUCGACGGAUCCUCCGGAAGACCCCGACGUGGCGAACAUCGGACAAUGCUACUGCAACGGGGAAUGCAGUCCAUCCGGACUGAUGAACAUCACUUCCUGUCGCUUUGGGGCACCAGGAUUCGUCAGUCUUCCCCAUUUCUACAACGCCGAUCCGAUGUUGCUGGACCAGGUCGUCGGACUCUACCCCAGGGAGGAGAACCACAGCUUCUAUAUAACCCUGGAGCCGACCACGGGGAUCCCCAUUGAUGUGGCGGCCAGGCUCCAGAUUAAUAUUCUCCUCCAGCCGUCGAGCACUGUCACGCUCUUCAAGGAUGUGCCCAGGAUCUACUUCCCCAUGUUCUGGUUUAAUAUGAGAGCUGGGGUCACCGAAGACAUGGCGUUGUCCCUGAGGUAUCUGUUGAUGUUCCCCAGCAUCGGUCAUUAUGCCAGUGGCACCAUGAUGAUUCUGGGCUCGGUCAUCCUUUUAGCUCUCUCAAUCAUGUAUUACCUGAGAAAAGCUCGGGUGAAUCACGCUACGGUUAGCAGGAGAUCGGCGGAUCCCUCGGAAAAGAAAACCGAGCUCGUUUACAUGGAUCGAAGAAAUUCGAACGACGACUACCACACUCGUAGGGAUCGUCAGCUGUAUCCGAAGCUUUGAAAUCAUUUUGGGAAAAUGGUUUCCUUAUCAUUCACCGGUCCUCGAUUACGGGGAAAGGUCGAUCGCGACUCGCGUCGACCCAUCGAAAAGACGAGACGGAUUUCCGUCUUCGGCCAUUUUGUCACAUUCAAGACUGGUAAUGGGAAAUUUUUCCGAGGUCGUUGCAACUUCCGCUGCAAUUCGCGGCUUCUCAGAGAUGCAGGGUAAAUAGGCGGCCAUCGAUUUUCAGAUGAGACCAAUUUGAAGGGGAAACUUUCCCGUAGGUUUCGGUCGGUCCUUCGGAUGUCGGAAGUCAUUCGUGAAAUUAUUCGAGAUUACUCGCGAAUAGGUGCUGUCACCUGAGAGCGGUAAAUACGGAAUUCAAGAUUUUUCCUUGGAUUCUCGCUACUUGCCAGUAGCCGGUAAUUUACAGAGAUCUGAGUUAUCGACAGCACCUUCGACGUUCCGAUACGCCCUCGUAAAUGAAACAUUAGAUAUCUUUAUAAAUAUCACAUACGUAUAAAGUACUCGAAUACCUAAUACGAGAUUUUGCAAAAUUUAUCGAUUUUCUACAUGAAAAAAAUCUGAAAUUUUUAAACAUUCUUAGUGAAUAUAUGAAAGGAUGUAUAUACAUCGGUAUAAAAAUCUCAGGAGGCAUGAAGGCAAUAUUUUUUUAUACUCGAAGCACUCGCUGAAAUUCACCGGAUCUUUCCGAUAAUCCUGAGACUCUCACGUAGGUUUCAUAUCUUCGUUACUGUUUUAUAUUCUUAAUGUCUAUCGCAUAGUAAUAUUUUUAAUCUCGUUUUCACUUAUCCUAGAUUAUAGACUAUUGUUUUACGUUAGUAAGGGUUACCUGACUCCAACUCCUUAUUUCAGCCCUUUAGUAUAAUUUCCUCCCAUGAAAAAAAAAAAGAAAAAAUUCCUUUCCAACUUUGUUUCACGCAGCUAAUUCAUUCCCAAACUGCAAGACAAUGGCCUUAAGGUUGUCGCAAAGUCCGCGCCAUUUUGGGAGAUUUUUGUACCUAAACUUGAAGGUGGCUUCCGCAAAGUUGAUAAGGUUCCUCAAGCUCUGUUAACGAGGGUCUAAUUAAAGUUAUAGACUAUGACGUAGGCGGGUCCGAUUUCUCGCAAUAAUUUGUGCCAAAUAGUCGACAUACUGACAAUACAGAAAGCAUUCCGAGAAUCGAAGGCCUUUGAUUUUCACAUUAAUCGAGAUAUUCUCGCAUCGGCGAGCAAGUAGUUUCGAGGCGGACAUGUGAGAGACAAUUAUUUCCAGUCAAUGAACAAGAGAGUAUGAAUGUGUGUACGUCCGACUCAAUAUGGACAUUUUAUAUUGCGCUUUAAUAAAAUCUUAUAAUUUUUAA